AAGAUGGUGGACGAGUGUCAGAAAUUUUCUAUAAUGAGGAUGAAUAAGAUAAAAUUCUAGUAGUCUGUAUGAUGUAUUUAAUUGUCUUUUAGAUUUUGACUUACUUAUACAUCAGACCAGCAUGCAGGCUGAAGAUGCGCGGUUUCUGAAGAGGAAAGUGAAGGGGGGAAACAUUGAUGUCCAUCCCACGGAAAAAGCCCUGGUUGUCCACUAUGAACUAGAAGCAACAAUACUUGGGGAGUUAGGUGACCCAAUGCUGGGAGAGAGAAAAGAAUGCCAGAAAAUAAUAAGAGUAAAAACACUGAACCAGAACACUAACAUCGCGGCUCUGGCUAGAGAGAUCAUAGACAAGUGUAAGCUGAUCCACCCCAGUAAACUACCAGAGGUAGAACAGCUGCUGUACUAUCUUCAGAAGAGGAAGGAUUCUCCACCACCUGGAAAAGGGAAUGAGAAGAAGACUUUAUCAGAGAAGCCUCUAGACCAGCAGACCUUUGAAGGCACAGAAAUAGACGAGACAGCCAACCUCAAUGAUGUAGAUGAGUACCUAGAACUCCUGUAUGAGGAUUUGCCAGAGAAGUUACGAGGAUCAGCUCUCUUUCUGCAGUUAGCCAGGAACCCAGACAACUUGGAAGAAAUCUUCCAGAAUGAAACUGUGGUAGGCGCUUUAGCCAGAGUACUCCGAGAAGACUGGCAGAAGAGUUCCGAGCUGGCGACCAACAUCAUCUACAUCUUCUUCUGUUUCUCCUCGUUCUCCCAGUUUCAUGGAGUCAUCUCACAUUUCAAAAUCGGUGCUCGCACCAUGGGGAUCAUUGAGCACGAGCUGAAGAAGUACGAGCUGUGGAAACAGGAGUUGGAUAAAAAGAGGAAGGCUGCAGAAGCAGACAAAAACAGUGAGAAGGCCAAAGCUGACUAUGAGAAGAGUGAGAAGAAAUUUAAAGGUCUUUUAGCUAAACAGGAGCAGUUACUAAGAGUGUCCUUCUACCUGUUGCUGAACCUGUCAGAAGACACCAGUGUGGAGAAGAAGAUGAGGAACAAAGGCAUUGUAAUCAUGCUGGUCAAGUGUCUGGAGAGGGACAACUUUGAACUGCUCAUACUAGUCGUCUCAUUUCUCAAGAAACUGAGUAUAUUUGUGGAAAAUAAAAAUGAAAUGGCGGAGGCCGGGAUAGUGGAGAGGCUGUCACGCCUGGUCCCCUGUGAACACGAGGACCUCCUCAACAUCACCCUGCGGCUGCUGCUGAACCUCUCCUUUGACCAGGAACAGAGGGGGAAGAUGGUCAAAGUGGGCCUGCUGCCCAAAUUUGUGGGCUUGUUAGGUAAUGAGAACCACAAGCUGAUAGUGCUGUGUAUUUUAUACCACCUCAGUCUGGACGACAAGUGUAAAUCUCUCUUUACUUACACAGAUUGCAUUCCUAUUGUGAUGAAGAUGAUUCUGGAGAGCCCAGGAGACCGCGUGGACCUGGAGCUGAUAGCACUAGGAAUCAAUCUGGCUGCCAACAAACGCAAUGCUCAGAUGAUCUGUGAGGGUCAGGGCCUCAAACUGCUGCUGAAGAGGGCUUACAAGUUCAAAGACCCACUUCUGAUGAAGAUGAUUAGGAAUAUCUCUCAACAUGAUGGCCAGACCAAGGAGCUUUUUAUUGACUAUGUGAGUGACUUAGCUAAUGCUAUACAGAAGAUAGAGGAUGAGGAGUUUGUCAUCGAGUGUGUAGGGAUUUUGGGUAAUGUGACCUUCCCAGACUUGGACUACGAACUCCUUUUAAAAGAAUAUCAGCUUGUGCCAUGGAUACAGACUAAAAUGCAACCUGGUGCUGCGGAGGAUGACAUGGUUCUGGAGAUUGUCAUCCUGCUGGGAACAGUGUGCUGUGAUGACAACUGUGCCAAAAUGUUAGCAGACAAUGGGAUCAUACAGAAUCUCAUAGAACUCCUCAAUGCCAAACAAGAGGAUGAUGAGGUGGUUUGCCAGAUCAUCUAUGUCUUCUACCAGAUGAUAUUCCAUGAGGCUACCAGAGAGAUCAUCAUUAAGCA